GUGUGUGCAUGCGUGCGCGCAACAUGGAAGGAGGGACUGGAGCUGCUGCUGCUGCUUUUACCAAUAUCUGUACAGCUGCUUCCAUUGCAGGGACGCUAGGAACUGGAAGCAAUCUUGAUGAAUCUGAAAGAAUGAUGAAGUCCUUUGUACAUACAGAAGAGGAUGACUUUGUUCCAGAGCUUCAGAGAAGCAUUCAUCCCCGAGAGAGGCCGGAUUGGGAAGAGACUCUCAGUGCUAUGGCGAGAGGUGCAGAUAUCCCUGAGAUUCCAGGGGAGCUGCCUCUUCGGACGUGUGGCAGCACAGCGAGCAUGAAAGUGAAGAAUGUGAAAAAAUCCAUCAACCCAGAACUGAUGGGCUGUGAUGCCUUUCACAGGUUAUCCUUUACCAAGGGCCACUUCCCAAAGAUGGCGGAGUGUGCACAUUUCCAUUAUGAGAAUGUGGACUUCGGCAACAUACAGCUUUCACUCCCGGAGGAACAGAAUGAAGUAACAAGGAACGGCUGUGAAUCCAAGGAACUGGUCUACCUUGUUCAGAUCUCUUGUCAGGGCAAGAGUUGGAUUGUGAAACGGAGUUAUGAAGAUUUCAGAGUACUCGAUAAACAUCUCCACCUAUGUAUCUAUGAUCGGCGUUUCUCUCAGCUCUCAGAGCUACCCCGCUCCGAUGCCCUGAAGGACAAUCCAGAGCUUGUCACCCAGAUGCUGAUGGCUUAUCUGUCACGGCUCUCAGCCAUUGCAGGCAACAAGAUCAACUGUGGGCCUGCCCUCACAUGGAUGGAGAUCGAUAACAAGGGGAAUCACCUGCUAGUCCAUGAAGAAUCAUCUAUUAACGUGCCUGCCAUUGCGGCUGCCCAUGUUAUUAAGAGAUACAUUGCUCAGGCAGCAGAUGAACUGUCCUUUGAGGUGGGAGACAUUGUGUCCGUUAUUGACAUGCCACCAAAGGAGCUGACUACGUGGUGGAGGGGCAAACAUGGAUUUCAGGUGGGAUUCUUUCCGAGUGAGUGUGUUGAGCUAAUUAACGACAAAGUUCCUCAAUCUAUGACCAACUCUGUGCCAAAACCAGUAUCCCCUGCCCACGGAGCCCGUCCAGCGUCUUGGAGCUACUUCCCCCCUUAUUUGGAGAUGGCUAGUGUAAAGCCAGGUUCUGCAUGUGUUACAGAGACUCUGAACCAGUCCCAGCUGAGCUCAGUGUCAAAAAAACACGGCAAGCUCAUCACUUUCCUGAGAACAUUCAUGAAGUCGCGCCCAACGAAACAGAAACUGAAGCAACGCGGGAUCCUGAAAGAGAGGGUGUUCGGGUGCGACCUGGGAGAGCAUCUCCUCAACUCUGGCCAUGAUGUCCCCCAGGUCCUCAAGAGCUGCACCGAAUUCAUUGAGAAACAUGGCAUUGUGGAUGGAAUAUACCGCCUGUCAGGAAUUGCAUCCAAUAUCCAGAAGCUACGCCACGAGUUUGACUCUGAGCAGAUCCCCGACUUGACUAAAGAUGUUUACAUUCAAGAUAUCCACUGCGUGGGCUCCCUCUGUAAACUCUACUUCCGCGAGCUCCCCAACCCCCUGCUCACAUAUCAGCUGUACGAGAAGUUCUCAGAUGCUGUGUCUGCUGGCUACAGAUGAAGAACGAUUGGUUAAAUUCAUGAUGUCAUCCAGCAACUACCCCCACCACACUACAGGACACUGGAGUUCCUAAUGAGGCACUUGGCUCAUCUAGCUGAUUACUGCUCCAUCACAAACAUGCAUACCAAGAACUUAGCAAUUGUCUGGGCACCAAACCUACUAAGAUCGAAGCAGAUAGAGUCUGCCUGUUUCAGUGGAACAGCUGCCUUCAUGGAGGUCCGAAUCCAGUCAGUGGUGGUGGAAUUCAUCCUGAAUCACGUUGAUGUCCUCUUCAGCUCCAAACUCAGCUCAGUCAUACGAGAUGGAGCAGGUCACACUUCCUUAUCACGCCCCAAAUCACUGCUGGUGUCCUCUCCCUCAACUAAGCUGCUCACCCUGGAGGAGGCGCAAGCAAGGACGCAAGCCCAGAUCAACUCCCCUAUAGUGGCAGACAGUAAAUACAUUGAAGUGGGAGAAGGCCCUGCUGCAUUACAGGGGAAAUUCCACACUGUCAUAGACUUUCCAUCUGAAAGAAAAAGACCACCCAACAAGAUGAAGAAAUCCCCCGUUGGCAGUUGGCGCUCCUUCUUCAACCUGGGAAAAUCCUCUUCUGUCUCGAAGAGGAAACUGCAGCGCAACCCAAGCGAGCCCUCUGAAAUGAAAGCCAUAGCACUGGCAGGUGGGAGAGGAGAUAGCGGGACCCUGCGCUCAGCUAAAAGUGAAGAGUCUCUCACUUCCCUGCAUGCUGUUGAUGGUGAAUCUAAACUGUUCCGGCCUAGAAGACCCAGGUCCAGUAGUGAUGCACUGUCUGCUUCCUUCAAUGGGGAGCUCCUGGAGACCAUGAACCACUGCAAUUCUUAUGAUAACCUGCCCCAUGACAAUGAGAGCGAUGGGGACGAGGGGCUGAUUCAUGUUCCUGCCCUCAUCUCUCCUAGGUCAGCAGAAGAUGUUGACCUGAGCCCACCGGAUAUUGGAGUAGCUAGCCUGGAUUUUGACCCUAUGUCUUUUCAGUGCAGUCCACCCAAGGCAGAGUCUGAGUGCCUGGAUAGCAGCAUCUGUCUGUUGGAGUGCAUGGAUUUUAACAAGGACAAGCCAAGCGUAGCUAAGAAGGACUUGGAAGCUGGUAGCCAGAGUCAGACCCCUGGCAGUGCCACGAGCUCUGAACCAGUCUCCCCAUUCCAAGAGAAAAUGAGUCCCUUCUUCACUCUGGACCUGAGCCCAACUGAGGAGAAGGUCGCCCAUGCCUUCUCACCUAAGAUGGGGCGAAAGCCAAUCAAGUCUCCGCUGGUGACUAUAUCAGAGCCAGUCUCUUUGACACUGCCCAGACAAGCAUGCGAAGGGAUGCCUAGUGCUGUGGGGAGUGCCGCUUCUCCAAACUGGAGCAAAAGCAUUAGCGUCAACGAAGCCACAAACAGGUCCCCAACCCAGAGGGUGUCUUUGCCCCUGAAAGCCAAUGAAAUGGCAACAGGUGAGGGAUGCCACCAAGAGGCCCAGACCCAGGUGACUGCUGCCAAGCCAGAGUUGCAAGAAGAAGGGGAGCGACCCAUGCCAACCAGCCAGAAUAAGACUGUACCUUCUGGACACACACAGCCAGGAGCAGUUGCCCUCGACUCCCCCCAGGAUCCUGUUCCUGUCAGUUCUGUCUCUCUUAUCCCUCCUCCUCCUCCGAAAAAUGCAGCGCGCAUGCUGGCCUUAGCAUUAGCUGAGUCCGCACAGCAAGCAUCUACUCAGUCCCAGAAGAAGCCAGGAGAUGCUCAUUCUGACUGUACAAAUUACGGAGGGACUGACAUAGCUAUAGAAAAGGUCCAUCUCUCUGCUGGGGCUGCUCCAGACAAGCUCCAUUUGUAUACUGGUGUUCCUGAGAACCAAAUCCACUUCCAGAGUGGGGCACCUGUAGACCAGGACCUCACUAGGACACCUGGGGACCGCAACCAUCUACACAGUAGUACACCUGGAAAUAGGGACCAGCCCCAUCUGCGUACUGGCAUGCCUGGGGACCUGCAUAGUGGCACAAAGGUGGACUGGGACCACUCCAACUUCCAUACUGGAACAGUGGGGGACAAGGACCACUUCUCCUUCCAUCCAGGUGGCCCUGGGCAUUGGGAGCACACUCCUCUCCAUACAGGUGCUUUGCUUGGCCAGGAACCAUCCACAACAGAUGUGCCUAUAGACAAGCCCCACCUCCAUACUUGCAUAUCUAUGGAUAAGUAUCACAUCCCUCUGGAGAAGCUUCACCUCCCUGCCAGCGCAGCUGAUGACAAACUCCAGCCUCCUCCUGUAGCUGCCAGGGAGAAAAACUCCACGGCUACAAUGACAUACAUGACAACUAUCCAGACGCCAGCAACUGAGAUGAGUCAUGGAACAGCAGGUCAGCACACGGCCCCUGAACCCAUGGCUCAGGCAGAUGUUAUUGUCACGACUGCUCACGUUCUUAUGACCAAUUCCCUAGCACCAUCUCAGAGACAAGCAGACCAUCAGCCAGCCAUGGGACAAGUUCCAGCAGUAGCCACCAAAGGAUCAAGUAGUUCCAACCACGUACGAGGAGCACUGCCUCCAGAAAAGCCACCUGAGCCUCGACUAGCCGAGCCUGCUCCAGUUUUUGUCACCGAAAGUAGUUCCGCUACCCCAUGUACUUCGUCCACUGCUGUGUCCCACCAGGGCCAUUUGGAAAAGGCCUGGGAGAACGUCAGGGCUCCCUCUUUGCACCUGCGUUCCGAGUCAGUCCCUGCACACUCCUCCUAUGGCUUUGCACCUCCUAUCCCGCCCGUGAGGACACUGGAGAGUAAGAUAGCUGCAGCCAUGCACUCCACCAGUCUGGAUGCAGUGAAUACCUCCACUUACCAUUCUUUCCUGGCUUCCUCCAUUCUGCCAUCGUCCGGGGAGGAGGCCUUGCCCCCACCACCGCUGCCCAAGCAUGCCUCUUUGCAGUCUGCAUAUCUCCCCCCUCCCAAGCCAGAGAGUUCCCCUGAGCCGCCCAUGCCAGAGAACUAUCUGCACCACAAGCCAGCAUCCGUCCAUCAGUACAGGCCGGAGAGCGUCCCACCGCAUCUCUCCUACCACAGCAAGUCCGACCAGCACCAAGCUUACGGCUCCAGAUUGGAAACGCCCACGUCCAUGGGCCCUCGCUACACCGCCUAUCCCAGCCAAGGGAAGAGCACAUCAGCCCAUCACUCCAAGCCUCGCAGCCGCAUGGAGUAUGCGUCCUCCAUGAGCCCUACCACCCUGCGGAGCACCGGCUACACGGAGGAGGCUCCACCCUACCCCACCAUCCGAAGGGUGCAGUCGCUGCACGUCUCCACCCCUUCCACCAUCCGCUCCGUCCCCAUUUCACGGACAGAGGUGCCUCCCGAUGACGAACCCAUGUACUGCCCGCGGCCCCUCUAUCAGUACAAGCCAUGCCAGCCCCACUCAGAUUAUCAUGUCACUCAGCUGCAGCCUUAUUUUGAGAACGGGCGUGUGCAUUACAGGUAUAGCCCUUAUUCCAGCUCAUCUGGCUCCUCCUAUUACCCCACAGCAGCAGAGGGGGCGGUUUAUGACCUGGACCCCUACAGCACAAUGCGGCUCAGGCAUUUCCACCCCCUUCCUAGCCGAGACUUUGCAUCCUACACCUCGAGGCUGCAAAGUAAGAAUCUGUACCGCUAUCCCGGCCUGCCUGCCUAUCCUCGGGGAGGCCUGAUGAGUCACCUGGCGGGGAAAGAGCACAGCUUCAUCAGCAGAGAUGUGCCCCCAGCCCCGGACAUCAAGCACACUUACAUGUCAUGGGACCUGGAGGACAUGGAGAAAUACCGCCUGCAAUCCAUCCGCCGGGAGAGCCGCUCACGCCAGAAAGUGAAAGGGCCAGUGAUGUCCCAGUAUGACAACGUGGCUCCACUGCUGCAGGAGGAGCUGGACAUCAUCCACCUCCGCAGCAAAUCGGAUCCUGGGAAAACUGGUCUCCUGACUGUGACCGAAGGGAAAGAAGGGAGGUAUCCAACCAAGACAGCCACCCCUGAAGGGGACGAACAUUACUAUCUGCAGCACUCAGAGCCGGAGCCGGACAGAGCCCAUUACCACGGGGCCUAUGGGAACGGGCAGUCAGAGAAGCCUUCCCUUCCCCAGAAGCAGAGCAGCAUCAGGAGCAGAAAGCUGCACGAGCCAGGCUGCAGCGCUACAGAGCACAGGGGACACCUGCAGCAGGAAGCAAGCCAUCGGCAGCCUUCGGAAUCCAAAAAUGGGCCCCCUUACCCCGACUACAGGCCAAAGGGUGGCCAGGAACCCAUGGAGCCCAUUGGUUUCCAGCACUCAGGUGGGAAGUACAUCACAGCUGGCCAGGAGGCCCUGAGACUCAACCACAAAGAGGCGAAGCUGGCAGAGGACCGGCCAGACUUGGAAAGGCCUCGAGCCAGGCAAAUAGCCCCUGGCGAGAAACACACCAGAGACUGCUAUAAUAAAGAGGAGGAGCACCAUGUCCAACCCAUGGCACCACCUCCCAAGCCAGAACGGAGCCACAGCCUCAGAAUCCGGCAUCCGGAGAGCAUGGACAGGGACCCUAGCCUCCUGUACCCAUACCAAACCCUUGGCAAACGCCAAAGCAGUAUGACAGUGUUGUCCCAGUACGAUAAUUUGGAGGAUUACCAUACCAUGCCUCAGCACCAAAGAGGGGGCUACCUUGGAGGUGGAGGGUUCAUGCCCCCUGGCUUUCCCCAUUCACACAGUAGGACAUACGCCACAGCCUUGGGCCAGGGGGCCUUUCUCCCUACAGAGCUGUGCUUGCAGAGGCCGGAGACAGAGAUCCAUGCCGAGUGAGCUGGGGGAAGGAGGGAUAGAGCCUAAGCAGCCUCUGCUGGACAGUGGACUGUUUUAUUUUUUCAAUGACAAAAUUUAAAAAAAAGCGCACCCCCAUGAGCAGAGCAAACCCACUCUCAACCCUGCCACCAGCUCACCACUCAGUGUUUGUCCUAGGUGUAUAGUUUUCUUUUGUGUCGUUUGAGAGGUUGGAAUGAUCGCGCAGGCUGUGUUGGCAUGUGGAAAGAUGAGCCAGGACCCAGAGAGGCAGAGCAGAUCUGAAAGAGGCAUGGUGGGGAGGGGAAAAGGGGUUUUCCUUCUCCUGGUUUGACACGGGCUGCUGGUUGCAUGCAGCUCUUCUCUUGGCAUAUCCAGUCACUCUCCCAGCUGCCAACAUUAGAGGAGUUGCAUGGAUAUGUUUUACCCUUUGAAUGAGAUGCUGUGGGGGAGUCUGUUCUGACCCUUUCAGAUUGCAUCAGUAACACACUGCAAGCUGUGGGAAAAGGACAGCUUCAAAGUGUUUGUUUCCUCCUAGAUUAUUGGUGCUCUGCCUCCCCUUGAAAAUUGUGCAGGGGUAGAC